GACACCUAGGUCUAAAGUUGUGAAGACUCUCGAGACAUUGCUAAUCUCUCGCGAAUCGGAAUGGACGCGUACCAGCCACCGCGCCCGUACAUGAGACCGUCGUCUGUACCACCGCCAGCGGCGGAUCCUUACCACCAAUAUUAUCAGCAUACGGCGAGGCCACCGUUACCUCCUCCUCCGCAGACUGGUGGUUACUCCAAUCAAUUCCAUAGCCCUCACUCUCCAUCGCCACCACCGCCGCACUGGGGACCACCUCCUGCUUAUCCUCCUUACCCGAUUCACUCUCACCAGCAGCCGUUUAACGCCGUCGCCAACGGUAACAGCCAAUUUCCCUCGCCUGCUGGACCUCUUCCUCGUCAGCCAUAUCCCCAGGAAUGGUCUCAACAAGGUCACAACGCUCAAGCUAAUAGUAACGCUGAGGAUUGGGCACUAAAAGCUAAAGAAUGGGCAGAGGUUCAACGCUCUGCAACGAAUCAACCUAGUGGACAAGUCUACCACCAACACCCUGAUCAAGGCUAUCAAGAUGUUCAUCAACAGACAGCUCCAGCUCCACAGCUCCCUAGCUAUCAAGAUGUUCAUAACUACCAGCAGUUUCCAGCUCCACACCCGGAGAGAUAUCCAAAUUAUGCAACUGCUGGAUUGUCGCAUCAAGAAAACAUGCCUAUUCAUCAGCAGGAGGUACCUUAUAGUUAUUCUUCUGUUGCAGGGAGAGAAGAAUCUGGAAAUGCAACACAGCAUCAUGUGCAGAUAGGAGUGCCGAAUGGUGGGGGGGCUGUUCGCACAGAGCAGCAAAUGCAAUAUGCGUAUGGGGAUCAAACCGUCGCUCCAAUACCUAACCUUCACGAUCAGCCUUUACAGUUUGCUACCAGAGAGAGUUCUGAUUACGCUAGUCAUCAUAACGCGUGGAUGCCCCAUACCUCAACUGGUGUAGUUUAUCCUCCUAUUCCUUCAUCGGCACCGUCAAUGCCAGAGCAUAAUUCAUCUAUGGCUAUACCUCCUGUUACGGGUCAUAACAUGCCUCCAUAUGGAGGGUAUACCCCACUAAAUCUCCAGCCUGUUGGACCCCCUUAUGCUUUUGGGACAAAGCCGCCUCUUCACCCUGUUACUGCUUUCAUGGACGACUCAUAUGCAGCAUCGUCUGUUCCUUCUAAAAACGUUAAUUUACCUAACUGGCUCAAGGAAGAGUUAUCGAAGAUCAAACCAUCUCAAGGAAAGCCUUCUUCAGGGAGUUUUGAGGAGAGAGAGGCUAUGGACGAUGAUACUCUUUAUAAACCUCCCGAGAAAUUUGAUCAGCGUGAGGACAAAAGGUUCAGCGCUUCUAAAUCUUCCGACGUAGAAGAGGAGGAGGAUGAGGAUGAGGAUGAGAUGGAUGCAGCUAGAAGCACGGCAAUUAACUCGGAGAUAAAGCGUAUCUUGACUGAAGUUCUUCUCAAGGUUACAGAUGAAUUAUUUGAUGAAAUUGCAACCAAAGUCAUUAAUGAAGAUGGAGCAAUACAAAAAGCUGAUCCAACGCACAAGGCUUCGGCAAAAGUUUUGGUCUCAGUAGGAGGCACAGAUAAAAAAGCAGAUGUACUAGGCCUUGCUAGCUAUGCGUCUGAUGAUGAUGAUGCGGAUACUGAUGCUGCCUCUAGUGCUGAUGUCGAUGGCGGUGAUGGAGUUGAAAGUCAUGGCAUGGGGUCGAGAAACGAUGUUACUCAGCAGCCAGGCGCGGAUAAUCCUCCUGAACCUAAACCAAUGGUCGACACGAGAUUAAAUCCAGAAGUAGUAGCCGGUGAUGUAUCUCACAAUAACAAUAAGGCAGGCUUGGAUCAGAUGUUGGGGUCCAGGAGAAAUUCAUUCCGUGAAGGUAACAAAACUGUUAAUGUAAGUGCCAGCUCUGAUAGAACAAACGAUCCUGACAGAACAGUCAGUGAUAAAGAAGCAAUACUAGAACAGCCUCACAGGAAGAACUCUGGCUUGGAAUCAGAUUGCAAUAAAAGUUCCGGGAAAGACUUGAACUACGAUUUGAGUAGGGAUAAAAGUAGAGGAGAUGAAAUGAAAAGUGGAAAAGAGAAGGGAGAUUCUCAGAAUGGCUCAAAAGAUAGAGUGAAGCAGGACAUGAAGUCAGCAGAGGAAGUUAAAGGCUUUGAAUCAAAUAAAAAAUCUACUGAUCUGGAUGUAAAAAAGGACUCGAAGGAUGCAGAGAGGCAUCACAGAACAAAUUCUAAGGAAGACCGGGGUAAAAAGAGGGAGAAGGAAAAGGAACAACGGUCAAGACACAGACAUUCUCAAGACUCAAGCAAAGACAAAAGAAGACGCUCUCCAACUAGUAAUGGAUCCUCUGAUGACUCAAUAAGAAAGUCCCGUUCGAGAAAAAGGAAUAUAUCACCAUCUCCUGUUAGGUCCAGAAGAAAACGCUCUUCUCCAUCGAGUGAUGAAUCUUCUGAUGAUUCAAGAAGGAAGUCUUUUUCUAGAAGAAGGAAUCGGUCACCAUCUCCUGGAAGGUCCAGAAAAAGACAUGUUACUUCGCGGUCACCACAUAGCAAGCAUUCUGAGAACAAGCACAAUUCCUACUCUUCUCAUGAAAAAUCUAGGUCAAAGCGGUCAAGGUCCAGAUCCCCCCGCAGGCGACAUCGGGAUUAAUGAACACAGUUCAGCAAACCGUUGCUAGGACAAUGCUGUGCGCAGAGAUUUGGUGAUACUGGAUGUGCCUAGGUUGAUCAAUGGGGUUUGGGUAAUGGUAAUUGGGCAUGGGUAUAAAGUCACUCACUAGUUCGAGACAGUGAUGUCCAAAGAUUUUUUUGACUGUUCUGAUUUGACUAUGUAGUGUGUGGUUUAAUAAGGUUUUCCUAUGUAAUUGUAUCGUGCAAACUUGUUGGUGGCCUACUACCUCUGAAACAUUUGAUGGUCAUAUAUGUGUGUUAUCCUCA